AUGAAGGUCUUUACGCAUGUGAGCGAGGAGACCGAGAUGACGACGAAGCGACGUAAGCGGCAUACGCCGGAGCAGAUUGUUCGUAAGUUGCGAGACGCGGACGCGAUGCUCAAUGCUGGGAAGGACCAGGCUGCUGUAUUGCAGGCCCUGGAAGUGAGCGAAGCCACGUAUCUGCGUUGGCGAAACCAGUACGGUGGGAUGAAGGCCGAGGAGGCGAAGCGGCUGAAGCAACUGGAAGACGAGAACAGGCGGCUGAAGGAGUUAGUGGCCGAGAAAGAACUCGACAUCAAGAUGCUGAAGCAUAUCGCGGUGUUCGCAGUUUCCGAGCGAAGGGCGUGUCAGGUGACUGAUCAGCCACGCAGCUCUCAGCGUUACCAGCCGCAGUCUCGUGAUGACGAAGCGGCUUUGGUGAAGCGGAUGCGUGAACUGGCCGCCGCUCGACCGCGUUUCGGUUAUCGUCGGAUUGCCGUGCUAUUGCGUCGCGAAGACUGGGAGGCCAGCAACACGCGGGUGCUGCGGCUAUGGCGUCGCGAAGGGCUGAAAGUGCCACAGAAACGCCGUAAGAAACGCUACUUGGGCGACAGCAGCCAAGCCUGUCACAUUCAGCGAGCCGAACAUAAAGACCACGUGUGGUGUUGGGACUUUGUGUUCGAUCGCACGGAGGCCGGCAGCCCGUUGAAGUGGCUAUCGAUCGUCGACGAGUACACGCGGGAGUGUUUGGCUUUGAAAGUCGACCGCAGCAUCACCAGCGAAGAUGUGAUCGACUCGUUGGCCGAGCUGUUCGCGAUGCGGGGCGUGCCCGGUGCGAUUCGCUCGGACAACGGCCCGGAGUUUGUAGCUGGUGCAAUCCGGCGAUGGCUAAAGCAAGUCGAUGUCGAAACGCACUACGUCGCGCCGGGCAGUCCAUGGGAGAAUGGUUACGCGGAGAGCUUUCACAGUCGGCUUCGCGAUGAGUUCUUGGAGAUGGAAAUGUUCGAGAGUUUGGCCGCGGCACGGAAGCUGACCACGGCCUGGAGAAAGGAUUACAACGACGUGAGGCCGCACAGUUCGCUGGGGUAUGCCACCCCGUCCGAAUUCGCGACCCGCUGUGCUGCUUCCGUUCCGAAGUCGAUUUCGGCUACGCCUCAAUCAACUUCUCCACUCCAGCAGCACAGCGAAAUACCCCAACCCACACCUUCAUAG